AUGCGUUCAUUCGUUACCUGCACCGUCCUGGCCACCGUCGCCUCCAUGGCCCUCGCCCAGGUCCACCCUCGCUUCGAGUACCCCAACUCCGUUCCCGCCGUUGAGAAGCGCCAGGAGCCGGGUACCCCCCGCUACCAGUGCCACGAAGAUUGCGGUCUCCUCAUCACCCUCGGCCGCGAGGACGGCUUCUGCACCAACGCGGAGUGGAACGAACGCUACGGCCGCUGCAUGACCUGCGCAAACACCUUCUCCAUCUGGAUCUACUACUCUUCCGGCGUCACCAGCGCCGCCGCAAAGUGCGGCCUCUCUCCGACCCCCAGCCCCUCUGGAGGCGCCGUUGAGACCACCGCUGCCGCCACCACCACCACCGCCGCCCCCGCUCCGGCUACCACCACUGCGGCGCCCGCGCCCGCCACCACCGAGACCUCCGCCGCCGCGCCCCCGGCUGAGUCCUCUGCUUCCGUCUCUUCUUCCGCCGCUCCCGCCCCGGCUACCACCCUCUCCACCCAGGCUAGCUCCUCCGCCCCCUCCGCCUCCGACUCCGGCUCCGCGUCUGCUUCUACCUCCGGUGCCGCCACCACCUCUGCUGCGGCCGGCACCUCGUCGGCCACGGCCACCC